GGUUAAGGAUCAGUUUAAUCAAUUGGGAAUCCAACGAGUGGAUUUCCAGAAAAUAACGUGCAAGUACUUAUCAAACGGUAUAACAAUUGGGAUUCACGUAAACACAAUGGAUUUGUAUCAUAAGUGAUUAUUAGAUAAAUUUUUCCACUAACUAUGAAGCAUAAGGAAAGGCUACUUAGCUAAUUUGUGGAUGGUUAUCCAAUUCGCUGAUAAGUUUCAUCAAAAACUGAUAUCAGAAUUUUUCAUAUAGACAAUGCCAGUUGAAGCCAUUUCCUGUAUUCGGGAAUGUAUGCUUGAUUUCGAUAUUUGUAAAUGUUGUAUCAUCCGGUUAACUAAUGGUCGCUGUCAACAAAUAGAUUUACUCAAUGUCUUUCAUUCACAAGCAUAUCCUGAUAAGUUUAUAUGUAAACUUUGUUUUGGCCUGUUGCAUAAUCCUUAUUUAUGUGAUAUUCCACAAAAUCUUAAUGAAUCACAAAAUGAGAUGGAAUUUACCAGUGAAGAAUUUGAUAAAUAUAUUUUACUCUAUUUAUAUAAAGAGUUAAAUGGAUCCCAUUAUCAAUAUACAGCAUAUCAACUUCGGGUCACUGAACCGAUUAAUAUUAUGCUACGUGAACAAUUUUUAUGGGAUGAAUUAAUUUGUUUGUCGAUUAAUCAUGUAAACAAUACUUCGAAUAGUAGUACUAUUGAGAAAUUGAAUGAUCAACAGAUGACAUUCACUAAAGACGAUAUCAAUGCAUUGAGAUCUUAUGCUAUUCCAGUAAAAACUGCAUGGAAAUGGAUUGUAGAAGAAAAGUUAUCAUCUUUACUGAAAGUUCCAUUGAUUUACUCAUUACGCGAUGAUACAGAAUUAAAACGAAUUAAAACCAGUGAAUUAAAUAUUAACAAUUCAAACUGGGAUCAAGAAUCCAAUAUUAUUUGUUUAAAUGUAGAAUUUUCAAAUUUCUUAAUACAAUCAGAUUAUAAUGAAAUUCUAAGUUAUUUAGAACGUUCAUCAUUAAAUUCUAUACGUUCUUGGCUUAUACGUUUAAAAAGUGUUAAAGUACCACGUAAACGUUCAAGAUUCUAUUGUGGAAAAGAAUUCAAGAUGAAUCUUUCAAAAAAAGAAUUAUUAGAAAAUGAAAAUAUCAUCCAAGAAUUAACAACAAAAACACUUUCUUCUCAAAUAUUAACUUAUGAUGUAAAUUCAUUGGUUUUCAAUCCUUCAUCUGUGAUUAAUAUUGGUUAUACUUUGCCAAAUUCAUUACAUUUUUCUCGAGGACUUUUAACAGAACUUAUUCCUUUGUUAAAAGAUAUUUGUUUUCAAUCAAAUUAUUUAAGAAAAAUUUCUUCAAGCAAUUGUUCGCUUGCAUUCAUAACAUCUUUGAAAAUAUUUCGAAGUAUACCGCUUUAUUUGGCUGGUCGUUAUGUAAAAUUAAGUCGACGUUUGCCUCAAUCCCCAUGGAUAAUUGGAUCACAGCGUAAAUUAGAUUCAUCUGUUGAAGAACUUAUCACUCAAUUAAUAUUACCUCGAUUUGGUGCAAAUUCUCAAAGUUGUUUUAUUACAGCUGGUAGAGAAGAUGUGGAUGUUAGAUGUCUUGGAUUGGGUCGACCAUUCGCAAUUGAAAUUAGCAACUAUGAAUUAUUACCGUCACAAAUUAUUCAACAAUGGUCUGUUAAUGAUAAACUUGCCGUAGAAUAUAAUGAAGAUGAACCAUUGGAUUUAUUGAAACUUGCAUCGUUUGUCAAUUCGACAACUCAGGGUCGAGUGUUUAUACGAGAUUUACAGUUAGUCUCAUCAAAAUCUGCUACAGCCGCAUUAAAAUUAGGUGAAAUGCACAAGGCCAAAUGUUAUCGAGCUGUUUGUUGGUGUCCUCAAGGUGGAAUUAAAACUGAAUUACUUAUGAAAAUGUUACAGUAUACCACUUUGUUAAAUCGAACAAAUGGAAAUCUUGAUCAUGUAAACAUCAUUCAUUGGCCUCCUAAUAAAACAGAUUCUAUGAAAUAUGGAAAAAUUUAUUUUGGUCCACUGGAUAUUAAUCAACUUACACCUAUACGUGUAUUGCAUAGAAGACCAUUGUUAAAUCGUAAAAGGACCAUUUAUCAUUUAUGUUUCAUGUCGUAUGUGGAAACAAUAGGAGCUAAUAUUUUCGAGUUCAAUGAUUUUAAAUCAUGGUCAAAGCUUUAUCCAGAAGAUGAACUGUUCAUAUUAGAAAUUCGUUGUGAAGCUGGCACCUAUGUGAAAGAACUUGUUCAUGGAGAUCUUGGUCGAUGUAAUCCUAGCUUAGCAAGUAUAUUUGGUCGUCAAUUAGAUAUAUUAGCGUUGGAUGUAAUUGGUGUUGAACUUGACUGGCCUACACGUCUAAAAGAUCCUAUACUCAAUUAAUUUGUAAAGUGAAAAUAUUUUUGUUGUAAAAAAAAAUAUUUUUAACAGAAACGCAAUUUCCUUAUCAAGGCAUCGUAUAUUCCAUAAUAGUUGAUUUGCAAGACUAAAUUGAUUGAUCUCACUUAUCACAUUCCCUUUUACAUUAUUUGUUACAACACUAACUAACUAGUUAAUGACAAAAAGUUCUUUUAUUAUCACAAAACCAAUUGAUAACUACCGAAUAAUUCGUCUAGAAUACACAUAAUUGCAGUCCUUAGACACGACAAAUUUUCUGAACAAUCAUUUGUAAUGAUGUACUAACACUACCCUUGUUAAAGGGUUUGGGAAGACUGUAAAAUUAGUUUGUUCAUCUUUUAAUGAAACGAUAACUUGAGUAUAACCGCAUAAUUAUAGGCAAAAGACAUUAUAAAUAAAAAAGCUGUAUAAUAUAA